AUGGAGAGAUCUCCGUUGGGACAGCUGGGCAAGCUGCCCUACGAAAUCCGACUGGAGAUCUACGAGAAACUUUUUGCAAAGAAGACACCCCUGACGAUUCUUCGCUGCUCACGAGCAAUCCACGGAGAAAUAACCAAACGCCUCUAUGACACACUCAACAUACAUCUAACUCCGGUGUUCAACGACCCCUGGAUCGAGGUUCGCUGCAAACGAUUGCGAUUGCGAUGGACCAUACCCAAUCAUUCCUGGAUUGCCCAGGCUCGAUUCUCAUGUAUAUCAUACCACAAGGUGAACCUGGUGAUUCAUAUCUACGCACCCGACCCACGCAACCCUGGCCAAAUAGCUCUGCUCUGGCAAAAGGUUCAAUACUUGGUGUAUAUUCUUCAGAACCGUGCUGUUGCUUCCAUAGUUAUUCGAUUGCGAGAGCAUCAAGGUCGCGACUGGCAAGAGGAAGGUCACGUGGUGGAGAGCAUCCCUUAUCCAAACAAACGUCGUCCUGAUCAUCACAUUGUUUUCCUGCCCUUCUGUCGCUUAUUCAAUGUUGGUGCCUUCUGGGUGCUUCCAGAUACUCGGCGCAUGGACCGUGUCACAGACUGGGGUCUGAUAAACUAUGGUCGGGACUUCAUCCUGAACAAUGGUUACCGGAACUAUAACGAUGGUCCUCUCAGCCAGGACCGGCAGUACCGGGAUAUUGUCCGAGACUUUGAUAAUAUUGACGCCCUGAUUCGAGAUACCGACUUUUUCCUAGAAACACGCCUGGACACUAUGCGUGGUAAUACCGCAGCAAUGCUUCGCCUUGAUCGAGUCGCCCACUGGCCUCUGGCAAUAACCGUCGACUCGUCAUCCAGGCUCGAAAGUAGCUUGUUAGAUAUUCGACAGUACUCAGGCUCAGUAAACCUUCACGAUCCCGGUCUGAACAGUCAUAGCCUCCGUAUGUGCGCGUUCUAUAACAUGUACGAAAUUUCUUGCGCCAUAUUAGACAGGGAUUCAUGGGAAGAAUGGCUUUCAUGUUUCCCUGAAGGUCUCGAUCCCCAUGAUCAGGACAGUAUCGAUACUCAGACCCAAAUGAUCAUGGACAAUCCCGAAAGGAAUGACAUCUGGGAUUCCGAAAGGGCAGAUCGGGAGUACGAAACCAAUAUUGAGAACUAUUUGGAGCGUAAUUGGAAUGGUUCUCCUGCAUGGCGUUACCCCAGCUUUGAAAAGGACUGGUGUACCGAUUGCCGACGGAUAGGAUAUCGGACUGGGUGUGACCAAGACUGCGAGCUGAUGGAUGGUCCUUACUAUGGAAUGUAUUGGGAUAUUGACAAAGUUUUUGCUGCUGGUUUUACGGAUUCUGAUAUUUGUUAA